AUGGGUCGAUCCGCUAAAUUUUACAAGAAAAACCCGUCAAAAACUCGCAGUAGUGCGGCUGUUCGCGCUAAAGAGAGCAAGCCCGAAGCAGAUACCAAGUCUCAGUUUGUGAACGCGCACGCAACUCCAUCACGGAAGGGUGGUGGCAUGCGAUUCAAGGCACGGCGUACGGCAGAUGGACCUCUACCUGCUGAGUCGGGCAUCGACUAUGUGGGAUUAUGGGCAGGCGAUCGUCAUUCAGUUAAAGACGCACGCAACAAGAAGUAA